CUUUAAUUGUCAUAUUCAAAGGUUUUGUCAGUGUCGAUCGAUUGAUCAUGAUAUUGUGUAUCGUUUCCAUCGUCUCAUCAUAUCUCGUGUAUUCUUCAUUUUGCCAAUCCGUAUCGAUAUCACUAAGCAAUGAGUCCCAUAACGAGUUUGUUUGGAAUGCAUUCAAGAAGGUCUCCGCUGACUACAAAGAAAACUUCGUUAUGUCGCCGUAUUCGCUUCGUCGACUGUUUUCGUGCUUCCGUGGUGUGCUUCUUUUGACUAAAUCAACAAUCGGAUCCAUUCUCGAUCAGGAACUAAGUGAUGUGCUAAAAAUUGAACCCAAUGAACAACCAUCCGGCCACGAUCAUCGACCAUACGUUGAACAAUGGAUGCGAUACUCCAAUGCAAAUGUGAGUUUUUUUGAGCACUGUAGGAAGGUUAACAGAACGGCAAUGGCAGUGGCCAUCGGUAGCGAGAAACAGUCGCAUGUUUUCGAAAGCAUCAUUCAGAACUGUGUGAUCUACACCGGUCACCUGCAACCGUCCACUGCCCAGCAUAUGGGUCACGUGGUCAACGAUGUGCUGAAGAACAUCACCAACAGCUCCGUGCAGAACUAUCUUGCCGAUACGGACAUCAAUACGGAUUGGAAGUUUUUUGCGAUCGACUCGUGGCAGUUUGACGGAUUGUGGAAAUUCAAAUUCCAGGAAGAGUUUUCCGCCAACUGUAAUUUUUACGCCAACAAAGAAAAUAAAGGGUUGACUAAGUUCUUGUACUUGGAAGAAGUGCUGAAGUAUGGACUUUUUCCAGAAUUGAAUGUCCAAGCCGUAGAGUUGCCAUAUCAUGAUCAGAGUCCACUGUCUUGUCUUUUGAUGAUGGCUGUGGAUGGAAACUUUGAAUCGCUGAUUAAAACCAUGACUCAGGUACGUUUUGAGGAAGUCGUUUCGAAGUUGGUGGCAGCCAAAACAACCGUUCGUAUGCCUCAAUUCGGUCUGAAGACUACUGUUCCGGGCAGACGGUUGUUGGAGUCGAUGGGAUUGAAGAUGCCGUUCAACCAAGGUGUAUUCAAGGUCUUUGAGCAGAGUCAGGAAGUUGCACUGGGUGAAAUCAUCCAAAAGCUAGAAUUGAAUAUGGGAGCCAAUGGAGAAGUAUCUGCUCAACGAUUUGUUGACAAACGGCAGGACAAGCAGUUCACUGCGAAUCAACCUUUUCUUUUCGUGGUUUACGAUCGUAAAGAAUUGCUUCCAAUUUUGGUUGGACAAUACCUCAAGACGCCUCCGGAUGCUGCGAUGGGAUAUGAGGACUCGAAAAAAUGCGAUGACCCACCAGUUGGAUAUCGAUAGAUAUUUGUGA